GGGAACAUUUUUGUUUCACAUUUUUCACAUAACAGGCGGAGUGUCUCACAGUCAGGAGUCUCUGGACAUAAACGUGCUUUCUGCCUUAUUUCAAAUGGACGGCUGGACUCAAACAGGGAGGACGCACUCAGGAGGACAGAGAUAAAGCGAAGAAUGUGAAGAGGGAAACGAUGUGCUCCACCGAAAACAACGCGGAGCUGCAUCCGACAUCGUCGGACCCGGCUCUCAUCCUGGAGCUGAAGACCAGGCGUCCUCCGUCCUUGGAGGGUCGGGCGGGGUGCGAGACCUGGAGCGUGGACUUCUCCCCGGACGGAGCCUGGUUCGCCUGGUCUAUGGGACACGGGAUCGUCUGGGUGGUCGCCUGGCCUCUGGACUCCGAAGAAAGUCAGAAUGGAGAGACCGACCGAGGAGACAAGAGCUUCAGUUGUGGUCAUCCAGUGUGGGGUCUCGCCUUCGGACCCAGACCUCCAAAGUCAGCUGCAGCGGCAAACCCAGCCAAAACACCACCUAAAGGGAACAACAGCCUGCUUCUGGCCACAGGCUUGGAGAACGGCGUGAUCAAAAUCUGGAACGUGUUAACAGGGAAUGCUGUAUUUGAUCUCCAUGGCCACGAAGGGGUUGUGAGGCACCUGGUCUUCCCCCAGAAUGGGACGCUCACACUCAUCUCAUCUUCUCGAGACAAGACUUUGAGGAUUUGGGACCUGGCUCAGAAAGGUAAAAAGGUGCAGGUGCUUUCUGGCCAUAAAGACUGGAUCAGCUGCUGCAGCGUCUCGUCAGACUGCAGCAUGAUUGCGUCUGUGGGCAGGUUUGACAGAAUGGUGUGUCUGUGGAGUCUGCGGUCAUAUACAUUCAUGAGGAACCUGACAGGAGGGACCCAUAAGACCUUGUACCUCUUGUCUUCCUGUGACUUCUCUCCUGACGGGGCGCUGCUCGCCACCGCAGCCUUCAGUGGCUCCAGCUGGUGGAUCGACCUCUGGGACCCCUACACUACAGAGAAACUGGCCACACUGGUUGACUACUUCGAGGAUUACGGUCAAAGCCAAAUCUCAGCAAUACAGUUCUCCCCCAAUGGUUUGCACUUGGCUAUCGUGACUGAUGACAGAGCACUUCGGAUCUGGGAGCCGGGAAAUAAAGGGAUGGUGAUGCAGACGAAACCAGACCGAGACUCUAAUGGACUCUGCUGUGACUACCAUCCACGAGGGGGGGUGGUCGCCACAGGAACCAGAGACGGACACGUGAGGUUCUGGAGAGCGCCCAGGACGGUGCCCAGCCUGUGCCACCUGUGCCGAUCCAGCCUGCGCCACUCUGUCUCCACACACCAGAUGGAGCCACUGCCCCUCCCCAAGAGGAUCCUCCAGUACCUCACCUACAGAAACAUCCCUGACCACCUCAACACCUGCUGCUCCUCAGAUGAAGAAUGGGAAGGUUAACUAUGAACAUUAACACAAUGCAACUCUUGACAUUCGCAGCGGGUGACUAAGCACUGUCAUGCGUUUUUUUGUUUGAUUAGGAUGCUUGAUUUGGCAAUGGCAACAGAUCUAAUUGUAACUGACUUUAGAUGCAACAUUCCUACAGUAAGGAGUUCAUUUAUUGCACUACUCUUGUAAGACGAUGCAUAAACUCACUGUUAACAUGCUUGACUCGAAUCACAAUUUUAUAUUCUUAAUUUAUUGUGUAAAUAUCAAUGUAUAUGCAUUUCUAAUUCCUGUGUUUACCCUCAUAAACUGCACAUACACUACUGCUGAACAGCACAUGGUAAUUGUUAAACAAAAACUGGAGUUGUAGGAAAUAGUUUUAUUAAACAGAUUCAAAGACA